AUUCCUCUUCGAACCGCUAUUCAACCCUCGAAAACGUUAUCAACGUAUUAUCCAUUUUCAUCAUUUAUUGAUAUAUGUACCUUCGACUCUUUGAUAUUGACGGAAAAGAAGAAGAUCCUUAUGAUACAAGAGGAAGACCAUAUUGGAAGACGAUGA